AUGAAAGAUGGGAUAGGUGUGAAUAAUUUAGACACAUGCGACACUGCAGUUGCUGUUUUAGAUCCUGCUGCAGAUAAUGUGGUUGAUAAUAAGUUUGUAGAUGAUGUAGAUUCUUUAAUAUCAUGCAUUGAAAAAUGGAGUAAAGAACAAGAAGAAACUACGGCUACCCCAAAUAUUGAUGAAAUAACAAAUAAUCCUUUGCAUGCUUCUUAUUCCAAUAAAAAUCUAAGCAAAGAAUUAGGUUUUAUGGCAAGAGACCCAUCAUCUGAUAAUUCUUAUGUCGGAAGAAACAAUGAUGGUGAUGAUGAUACUUCUAAGUUCUCAAGUGUUGACAAAAUGUCAUAUUGUAAUAUAAACUCUUCUAAUUUGUCUCCUGAUGAUCUUAUUACACGAUCAAAUACUGAUAAUUCAGAAGAUAGCGGUAUAAAUUACUAUAAGGAGUAUUCCGUAACUGACAAUUCUGAUAUGGAUGAAAAUUCGUAUAAAGUUGUGUACGACGAUUUAAGCUAUCAAACUAAUCCCGAUUAUAAUUUGGAAAGGAAAGAAUACGUGGAUAAAAGUCCAACCUUUCAACAUGAUAUAAAUCGUAAUCUUAGUACUAGAAGCACAGAUUUAAGCCAUGGUUCCAUAGAUACACACGAUAGUAUCACGGAUGUAAACGAUAUAAGUUUUGAAAAGGCAAAAAUAGAUAUUGUUGGGACGAAUGUUAAUCUGGUACCUAACAAUUCUCUCAAUGAGCAUGAAGAAGAAAAUGAAGAAAAUCCCAUACUUUCAAUGUCUUCACCUAGCGCCCCAAUUAUUACUGAAAGAGAUAUAUUGGUCUACGGGAAAAGUGAUUCUCAAAUAGAUCCAAAAGACUUGAAUUUGGAUAACGUAAGUAACGAAAAAAUAGAAGAGUCAGAAACUCCAUCUGCAUACUUGCGCAAGGUAGCAAUGGAAUGUCAAAUUGAUCAAAUUUUGUCCAGUAACUCCAGUCCAAAUAAUGAUGGAAGUAGGACAAAUGAUCCAUCUGUAGUAAAUCUAAAUGUAGAAAAGGUACGCGGCGUUUGUUACUGUAAAAGUGAUAAUAGCUGGACUGCAUGGUGGACAGAAAAGGGGAGAAGCAGAAAGAAGGCAUUCAAACUUAGUUUAUAUGGAAAUGAAGGAGCUAGGAAAAAAGCAAUCGAACAUCGUCUUCAGAUUGAAGAAAUGAUUCCAGAAUUACGCGAAAGAAGAGUAAAUAAGACAAGUAGGAAGAAAACGCAAGCACAAGGCAAUUCUUCAGAAGAACCCAGAAAGCAAAGAAAACGUAAUAGCGCUAUUCGUCAAAACAAUGGAAUAACAAAUAUGCACAUUGAUUCAUUUAACAAACAGGCUGAAUCCCGUGGGAUAUACUUCAAGGAUAAUACUUGGUAUGCCUCAUGGAUUGAUGCUACUGGAAAACGGAUUAUUAGGGCAUUUCCAGUAUCAAAUGAACAUUCAUUUAUUUCUGCAAGGUCUUCAGCUCAAGAGCUAGUUAAUCAAUCCAUCAAGUUUUCACCAAGUAUGUUUAACGUUCACAUGGAGGAACCCAAAAAUUUAAGUUACAAUGUUUACAAAAGAAGGAAAAUAGCAGAUUAUAACAACUAUAUCGUUUAUAAUCGGCAUAAAAGUGCUGAAGAAUCGAAAAUUCCCAGUGUUGAGCCCACGAAUUUUACUAGUGAUAUCCAAAAUACGUCUGGAGAAGUGGAUAAAAAACCAGAAACGGUCCAAGAGAAUCAGAUAAAAUUUCAGCAGCACGAGAUAAAGCUUGAUACAGACACAAUAGAAGCUAUAGAACGUGCAGUAAACGCAGCAGCUCAGACUGAAUGCACUUCAACUAUCAAGGAGGAACAAAACGCAACAAACUCUGAGAAUACCCAAACAAAAGUUAGUGCAUUUUGUUUAUCACAAGUUGAAUUUGGAAAAAAUAGUUCUAUACAUCUCAUACCAACGCUAAUAAAGGGACCAGGGGACUCCAACGUACUCACCAUUGUUGUUGUAAACUCUACUUGA